AUGUUGGAAGGACUCGUCGCCGGCUUGCUCAAUCGCUUCCUGGGCAUGUACGUCAAGAACUUCGACCCUACGCAGCUCAAGGUUGGCAUCUGGUCCGGCGACGUCAAGCUCCGAAACCUGCAGCUUCGCCGAGAAGCUCUCGACCAGCUCAAGCUGCCCAUCAACGUCAUCGAGGGCCACCUUGGCGAGCUUACCCUCUACAUUCCCUGGUCCAACAUCCGCGGCGCUCCCGUCAAGGUCUUUAUCGAAGAUGUUUACCUCCUCGCCAGUCCUAAGGAAGAGGCCGAAUAUGACGAAGACGAGGAGCAGCGAAGGAAACACAGGCUGAAGAUGGAGAAGCUGGAGAGCGCCGAGCUGCUCAAGGAGCGGAACAAGGCCGGCAUGAGCCAGGAGGAGCAGAAGAAGAACCAGAGCUUCGCCCAGAGCCUGGCGACCAAGAUCACCGACAAUCUGCAGAUCACGGUCAAGAACAUCCACAUUCGCUACGAAGACUCCAUCUCAGCCCCAGGCCAUCCCUUCGCCCUUGGCCUCACGCUGGAGGAAUUCAGCGCCGUCAGUGCCGAUGGCCAGUGGGUGCCAUCCUUCAUCCAGCAGGAGUCUACGGUGACUCACAAGCUCGCUACACUGGGUUCCCUAGCGGUGUACUGGAACACGGAUUCAGACCUUUUCAGCAGCGGGCGCCAAACUAUGAGCCCCGACCAACAAGCGAUGCCUCAUAGUGAGAUGGUCGACAAGUUUAAGAGCAUGCUUGCAAAGAUUCAUGACCCCGACUCGAGCAACCAAUUCAUCUUGAAGCCCGUUAGCGGACAAGCAAAGAUCGAGCUGGACAAGUCUGGCAAAAUUGAGACGCCCAAGUUCAAGGCCACGCUCUUGUUUGACGAGAUUGGUGUGGUCCUAGAUGACGACCAGUAUCGUGAUGCCUUGAUGAUGGUAGAUCUCUUUCACUACUUCAUACGCCACCAAGAAUACAAAGCGCUCAAACCCAAGGGCGUUACACCUAAAGAAGAUCCGCGAGCCUGGUUGUUGUUUGCUGGGAAUGCCAUCUUGGGCAAGAUCCAUGAGAGGAAUCGCAAGUGGUCGUGGGGCUAUUUCAAAGAGCGUCGUGAUGACCGCAGGCGGUAUAUCGACCUCUUCAAGAAGAAGAAGCAGGCGCUACAGCUCGAACCCGAUGAGUCUAGCGAGCUUGAUAAGCUUGAGAAAAAGCUUAGCUAUGAGGACCUUAGGUUCUGGCGAUCGCUGGCUCGAAAUCAACUGAAGAAAGAAAAUGCCGCCGCCCUAAGUAAGCAGCCUCAGCAGCCUCAGCAGCAGGGCUGGGUUGCUUGGAUGUGGGGCUCCAAGCCAACGGGCACCAUUCAACAGAAUGAAGAGAAUACACAAAUGACAGAAGAGCAGCGGAAGGAGCUCUAUGACAUGAUCGACUGGGACGAAAAGGCUGCGCUCGCUGAAUCUGUCGAUGUUCCUCGUGAAGCCGUCAACUUGUGCAUCGAAGCGUCCCUCAGCACCGGCAGCUUCACGCUCAAAAAGAGCCCCCAUCACAAUACCAUGGAUCUCCUCAGCUUACACUUUGACCUGUUCAAAGCCAAGGCCCUACAGAGAAAAGACUCUGUACUGGCUAGUGUCAGUCUUGGCGGCCUGCGGGUCAACGAUGGCACAACUCCCGACAGUCUUUAUCCAGAGAUUGUUCGGGUAAAGGAUGCCCAGAAGCGGAAGCCAAUUUCCCUCGAGGAGCUGGAAACAACCGACGAGGAGCCGUUCUUCGAGUUUGAGAUUGAGCAGAACCCUCUUAAGCGAGAAGGCGAUAUUGCCGUCGUAGGCAAGCUGAAACCUCUCGAAGUUGUUUGGAACCCCAACUUUGUUGUGGGUAUCGUCGACUUUUUCCGACCUCCUGAGAGGCAUAUGGAAUCUAUAGCGGCUCUGAUGGAGACUGCUGGGGCUACCGUGGAAGGCAUCCGAGAACAGACACGAGUAGGCUUGGAGUUCGCGCUAGAAGAACACAAAACGAUCAAUGCCGAACUCGAUCUGCAAGCACCGCUGAUUAUCAUUCCUGUCAGCAUCACCACUGAGAAUUCCACUUGUCUCGUAGUGGACGCAGGUCAUAUGCAUGUGAACAGCCAGUUGGUCGAUCAAGACACCUUGGCGGAGAUCCAGUCUAAGCAGCGCCAGUCUUACAAUGAAGAAGACUUCAAACGUCUUGAAUCGGCCAUGUACGACAGGUUCAUCGUCAAGUUUACCUCGACUCAAGUCCUCAUUGGGCCUUCCAUCGAAGAAACCAAGGCUCAACUCACCAGCAAACCUGGCGAUCGCAGCUCGCAGCUACAUGUAGUAGAGGAGAUCAAUGUCGAUUUCGUGGUGGAACUGUCAAUCCUGCCCAAAGCACCCAAUCUAACAAAGCUAAAGGUCUCUGGUCAUUUGCCCAUGUUGCAUGCCACUGUAUCCGAUGCCAAGUACAAGAACUUGAUGCAGAUUAUCGAUGUUGCCAUACCCAGAUUCAGCAACGAGACAGAGCAAAGGGCGGCGCUGCCUGCUGCUACUACUCAAGAAAGGCCGUCCUCACGUCUAUCUUCCCGCCCACGAUUAGCCAGCAAUGCUUCUAGCCGAUCCGCGCUCAGGUCGAUGCGCGACCGUCGACAGUCCGCAUUCCCAUUUCUCCAGUCUUCUACCGCUGUCAUUUUGGAGGACAUUGAUGAUGACGACGAUGACUUCGAGGAUGCUGAGGACGGAACUCAUGGCGAGCAAUUUAGGAUGCAGCAGCGGAGCUUCGAAUUCAACUUCAAAGUAGACACGCUGAAGGGCUCGCUUUAUCGAAGCGAUCCUAGCCGUGCGAAGCAAGACGUUCUCCUGGUGGAGCUAGUAGCGGAGCGCUUUGAUCUAUCCUUCUAUACCCGGCCCUACGACAUGGCGGCUGAAGUUUCCCUUGGAUCAGUAACUAUGGAUGACUUUGUGGACAAUCCGCCUGCCGAAUUCAAGUCAAUUGUGUCUUCUGGUGACCGAGAGGACCUCCAAGCUGGACGAAGCCUUGUUCACGUCAAGUUCGUCAGGGUUAAUCGCCAGUCACCCGAGUUCAUGCCCGUGUACGAAGGUGUCGAAACCAACAUUACCACUACCAUCUCUACCAUCAACCUGGUUGUUACUCGGAAGACUCUUCUCACCUUACUAGACUUCAUCCUAGUUACAUUCACGAGUAGUAAUACCGACGGCCAGAUAGCCCAAGCUGUCCCCUCUCAGAUUGACAGCACCGCUGAGGAUGAUAAUACCAAUGCCACUAGCUCAAUCCGCGUCAAGGUUGAAUUGAAGAGUAUUCGACUUAUUCUGAACAAUGACGGCAUCAAACUAGCAACUCUGUCUUUUAAUCAGGGUGAUGCCGGCAUAUUCCUUCGGGGUCAGACGAUGCGAAUCUCGGCCAAGCUCGGCGACCUCUCUCUAAUUGAUGAUGUCAACUUGGGCGUUUCCGAGGAUUCUCAUCUCCGGAAGCUCGUAACAAUCCAGGGAGACGACCUUGCCGAUUUCCGCUACGAGACCUUUGACCCUGAAAAUCCCCAAGCGUACCCGGGAUACGAUAGUUCAAUAUUCCUCCGUGCAGGAUCUGUCAAGGUCAAUUUUGUGGAGGAACCGUUCCGCAAAAUCAUCGAUUUCUUGGUCAAGUUUGGAAAGAUGCAGGCGCUAUACAACGCCGCACGCCAGGUGGCUUUGAACAGAGCCAGCCAGAUUCAGCAGAGCCCUAGCAGAAUUAAGUUUGAUGUUGUGGUGAAUACGCCCAUUGUCGUCUUUCCGCGGGCUGUUAUCCCCGGCCGACCCCAGCGCGAUCUCAUCACGGCUUACCUUGGAGAAAUCUACGCACAAAAUAAAUUUGUUCCUCUCGAUGAUAGCAACAGUGCGAUCGUUGCGAUGAAGAUCUCUGCGGGAAUCAGAAAUAUUCGUCUCACUUCAGAUUUCCAUUACGCCGACAACAAGUCAGAGGAGUUGGAGAUGAUUGACCACGUCGACCUUGGAUUCCACAUUACUCAUGCUGAGCACGUUGAGGGCGCGAAGCGACCUGAGACUGAGAUAGAAGGAACCGUGUCCGACAUCAAGCUUCAGUUGACUCAACACCAACUGAAAUUCUUGAUGGAGAUUUCGAGAUCAGUCCCCGCUGCCUUUACUGGAGAUGGCGAUGCUAACGCAGAGGCUGAACGGCUUGUUGAUGACCAAACUUUGGAGCGCGCUAAAGGAUCCCCUUCUGAUGACCAGUCUAACGGCAAUGACCAACCGUUGAUUAGCCUUGGUCCUGAGCUGGGAUCGCUGUCUAACGCGUGGACCAAGCUAGAUUUCGUAUUCAGUGUGAAUACCGUAGGUCUUGAGGUCAUCAUGGCCCCAGAAGAUGGCCCGGUCAAUGAUGUAGCCGCUUGCAGUCUCUCUCGCUUCUCCCUGGACGACACACGUGUCAAGACGAGAAUGAUGUCUGACGGUUCGAUAGAGGCCGAGGUCCUGGUUCGCUCAUUCACAAUUUACGACAGUCGUCCUAGGGAUACGAACAAGUACCGCCGAAUCAUGACUUCUUCUAACAAAGACGCGCAGCAAUUGAUGGCCAGUGUGACAAUGUCUGGUGGAAAGGAACGCAACGUCAUUGCAAUGGCCACCAUUGACAGUCCUCGCGUCAUCUUUGCUCUCGACUAUCUCUUCGCCAUCCAGAAGUUUGCCACUGAAGGGUUGACGAUGGAGGAAGCAAGCCCACUGGAUACUGAAAGCAUUCAGAGUUCUCCUGAGGAAUCGGACACAGAAUCGACACAAGUUUCGUAUUCACAGCGACCAUCUAUAAGUUCUCCUCGUCCCAGUAUCUCUGCGGCAGAAGCCUCGUUAGAGACUCAGCCGAAUGCCCAGACUUCGAUGAACCUCUCUUUCCGGGUAAACCUUGUGGAUGCUCAAGUCAUCUUGAUCGCCAAUCCGCUGAGCUCAAGCUCAGAAGCAAUUGUCCUCGGAAUUCGCCAGGUUCUUCUGUCACAGCAACAUGCUCUCACGUUUCAAAUUUCACAGAUUGGCAUGUUUUUGUGCCGGAUGGAUAAGUUUGAGACAUCUCGCUUGAGAAUCAUUGACGAUUUCUCGAUACAGAUGAGUAUGAAUACUCCGCAGCCAAACUCCACGGACAUCAAUAUUGAGAUUGAGCCACUCAUCCUGAGGCUCUCUCUAAGAGACAUUUUACUUGCUCUCCAGAUUAUCGGAAGGGCGGGAGAAUUAUCAGGAACUGAUUCCAAGGAACCGAAAGAGUCGGCCGCUGAUCAAAAGGCGAAGCAGUUGAGAUCAAAGACAAGGCACAGGGCGUCUAGUGGGCGUGGCGGCGCAUCGACGGCGGCCAAGAGUAGUCAUGGGGCAAGAACAACUAAUUCAGCAACGUCAAGGGCAAUCACUUCUGCUCAGAGAUACUCCACUCCACCAAAGAAUGAAAACAUGUCUGCCACCGUAGAUGGUGUCCGAAUCGUACUGAUCGGCGACCUGCACGAACUUCCGAUCCUUGAUAUUGGAAUUCAGAACUUCACCGCCAUCGCCGAAAAUUGGUCGUCAAAUUUGAAGGCUGAGGCGGCUGUAGAUAUGUACUCCAACGUGUACAAUUUCUCAAAGUCGAGCUGGGAGCCCCUUUUGGAGCCAUGGCAAGUUGGUCUUGGAGUGGCCAAGGAUCCGACCACUGGUCUCCUCUCUGUCGAUUUGGUAUCGAAAAAGACAUUCGAUAUUACAAUCACAACGGCAACAAUCGCAUUGGCCUCGAAGUCUUUUGACUUCUUGACAGCUGCUGAGAAUGUUCUUGAUAAGCCUCGAGGCGUUGAAGCCCCGUAUCGAAUCAGAAACUACACGGGCUUCAAUGCCAUUAUUCAUUCCAAGAGCCCUACAAGCUCCGAGCCAAUCACGCUGCAUCUUGAAGACGGACAAGAAGCCCCAUGGAGCUUUGAACAGUGGGAAAAGAUGCGUGAGACUAUCCUUGCCGACUCUCAGCCAAACGACGUAGGCAUUCAGCUCGAGGCGAGCGGGUUCGAUCUCAUUAAGAAUGUUCGGUUGAAUCGUGAGGGCGAGUUUUUGUACAGCCUUCGCCCUAAAACUGACAAUAUCUUGCACAAACUCUGCGUGGAAGUGAAUUUAGGAGCUGACAAUGUCAAAUAUGUCACCCUUCGGUCUCCGCUCGUCGUUGAGAACGCCACACAGAUUCCCGUGGAACUUGGUAUCUAUGAUGCCCAGGAGGGCCACUUGCUCAAGAUUGAAAAGAUUGCCCCAGGUGACUCUCGACCUGCACCUGUCGGGGCUGUGUAUGAGAAGAGGGUUCUCGUAAGGCCAGAUAGCGGGUUUGGCUAUCAAUGGAGUGCAGAACAGCUUUGGUGGAAAGAUUUGUUGAAGCGUCCGACAAGGCAGAUUGUUUGCAGUGGAGACAGCGGUGACCCCUUUUACUUCCAGGCGCAUGCCUCAUUUGAUAACUCCAGCCCUAUCACCAGAUCCUACCCUUACAUGAAGAUCAAACUGUCUGCGCCGGUCACCCUUGAGAAUCUCCUUCCGUAUGAUUUCAAGUAUAGGAUUUACGACAAGAACACCAAGAGGGACUGGUCGAAUUUCCUUCGUAAGGGCGGUGUCAGCCCUGUCCAUGUCGUUGAGCUUUCUCAUCUACUCUUGCUCAAUGUCGACAUGCAGGAUACUGUCUUCAAACCUAGCGACUUUGCCAUCAUCAAUUCUGGUGCAAACGAAGAUUUCCGCAAGGAGUCUCGCAUCGUAGUCAAGGAUGACCAAGGCCUUUCUCUCAAUCUGAGUCUUCACUACCACAGGAUUCCCAACAGCGGCGGCGCCUUCAAGGUCACAGUCACAGUGUACAGCCCGUAUGUCAUCCUCAAUAAGACGGGGUUGGAUCUCACGGUCAGGGCCAAGAGCUUCUUGCAGCAGGCGAAGUCGGCGGCUGGCCAGUUCCCUCUCAUAGACACCUCUGAUCAAAGCCGACCUAAGGCAUUGCCAUUCAUGUUCUCGUUUGGAAACGAUGACACUCGCAACCGAGCUUUGCUCAAGGUAGCAGACUCCGAAUGGAGCAAGCCCCAGAGUUUUGAUGCGAUUGGCAGCACAUCUGAGGUAAUACUCAACUCCGGAUCCAACAGAAACAAGGAAAUCCACCUGGGUAUUACCAUCCAAUCUGGAGAAGGAAAAUACAAAAUGACAAAAGUCGUGACGCUUGCCCCGCGCUUCGUUCUCAAGAAUAAGUUGGAUGAGGAGAUUCUGAUUCGGGAAUCAAGCUCGUCAGGCUACAUGACGUUGGGCCCUGGAGCGCUGCAACCACUUCAUUUUAUGCAAAACUCUACAGUCAAGCAACUGUGCCUUUGCUUCCCCGGGAUGAAUAACCAGUGGACCUCGCCCUUUAACAUUGCAGAUAUCGGAACUACUCACGUCAAAAUUGCCAAGGCAGGCCAGCGUCAACGCCUUAUCAGGGUGGAGAUUCUUGUAGAGGAUUCCACCAUCUUCUUGCACUUCAGCGUCGAAACCAAGAACUGGCCCUUUUCGAUGCGAAACGAGAGUGACACCGAGUUCACAUUCUACCAGGCAAACCCCAAUGUCGAAGAAGACGAUGUAGAGGACCGAAGUGGUUGGAAACCUAUCCGAUACCGCCUGCCGCCUAGAAGCAUCAUGCCGUAUGCAUGGGAUUUCCCAGCAGCUAAGUUCCGUGAGGUGGUUAUUGCUACGGCCGGCAAGGAGCGGCACGUCAAACUCGCGGAGAUUGGCAAUCAGUUUCCAAUGAAGUUUACAAACCCCAGUGGCACGCAAAAGAUUAUUGAUAUCAAUGUUGCUGCGGACGGCCCCACGCAGACCCUCAUUCUGAGCAACUUCCGUCCAAGUCAGAGUCUAUACAGGCAGAAAACUCUGUCUAGGACAAACACCGGACCGGAGGCUUUCGAGGUCAAGGAUCAAAAUACUGAUGCGACAUUCGUGGCCCAGCUCAAGUUGUCUGGUGUUGGCAUUUCCUUCAUCAACGCUCAACUGAAAGAGCUCGCCUACGUUACAUUCCGGGAUGUCCAACUUCGUUUCCUUGAUUCUCCCGUGGUUCAAACGGUGUCCCUGGCCAUCAAGUGGAUGCAGAUUGACAACCAACUAUAUGGUGGCCUGUUUCCCAUGGUCCUAUAUCCGAGCGUGGUACCGCAGAAGGCGCAAGAAAUUGAGGCCCAUCCGUCUCUACAUGCCAUGGUCAGUCGGGUGAAGGAUGACUCUUACGGUGUGCUGUACAUCAAAUAUGCCAGUAUUCUUCUACAGCAGAUGACGAUUGAUCUCGACGAAGAUUUCGUAUUUGCUCUUCUUGACUUUUCGAAUGUUCCCGGCGCAAGCUGGAGUUCGGUGGAGCAAGAGGGCCAACUUUGCGAUGAAGACCUGGAUAUUCCGGAGCCAACUCAGCAGGAGUCUGGUCAAGACAUCUAUUUUGAAGUCCUCAACAUUCAACCGAUGCAAGUGGACCUCAGCUUCAUGCGGACAGAGCGCAUCAACGUGGAGGAUAAAACCUCGACCCAUAACCCGCUCAUGUUCUUCCUGAACGUGAUGACGAUGGCCAUUGGGAAUAUCAAUGACGCGCCGGUGCGAUUCAAUGCACUCAUUCUAGAAAAUGUCCGGGUGUCAACGCAGGUCCUGAUCCAAAACAUCACCAAUCACUACAGCCAAGAAGUCAUGUACCAGAUUCACAAGAUUCUGGGUUCUGCCGAUUUCUUGGGCAAUCCUGUAGGCCUGUUCAACAACAUCUCGUCCGGAGUCAACGACAUCUUUUACGAGCCGUACCAGGGUCUCAUCCUUUCUGAUCGGCCUGAAGAAUUCGGCAUGGGUAUCGCAAAGGGUGCCGCGUCAUUCGCCAAGAAGACCGUUUUUGGAUUCUCCGACAGCUUCUCCAAGUUCACCGGCAGCCUAAGCAAGGGCCUUGCCGCAGCAUCCAUGGAUAAGCAGUUCCAAGAUCGGCGACGGAUUACCAGGGCAAGAAACAGGCCAAAGCACGCAUUGUACGGUGUGGCGGCUGGAGCCAACAGUCUGUUCACGAGCGUGGCGUCUGGAGUCGGUGGUCUGGCGCUUAAGCCUCUGGAAGGUGCCGAGCAGGGAGGUGCUUUGGGCUUCUUCAAGGGUGUCGGCAAGGGUGUUCUAGGACUGGCAACCAAACCGGCAGUCGGUAUUCUGGACAUGGCUAGCAACGUUAGUGAAGGCAUUCGCAAUACUACGACUGUAUUUGACGGAGCUGAGCUGGAGCGCACUCGAUACCCACGCUUCGUUCCGAAUGAUGGCAUUGUGCGGCCCUAUAAUCCCAGAGAGGCACUCGGACAGUACUGGUUGAAGCAAGUGGACAAUGGGCGAUACUUUGACGAGCAGUACAUUGGCCACCUUGAGCUGCCCAAGGAAGACAUGGUUGUCAUGGUCACCUUUGCGCGCAUCCUCUUGAUUCGAUCACGACGACUGACUAGUGAGUGGGACGUGCCGUUGAAGGAUGUCCAGACGAUUGCGAAGGAGCGGACGGGUAUCAGUCUGGCAUUGAGGGAUGGAGCCAAUGGGCCGUUUAUCCCUGUGGGAGGUGGAAGCGAGAGGGGAUUCCUGUAUAGAAUGCUUGGCGUGGCUGUUGAGGAGUUUAACAGAAGAUUCAGGGGAGGGGAGCGAUGAUUGAUUGAUUGAUUGAUUGAUUUCGUGCAUGUUAUUAUUAUUCUUACAUGAUAUUGUUAUGGGAGAUUGAGAAGGAUGAAAAUUUGGGAUUAGAAGCAUAGCUUGAAUGAAUGAAUUUAUGACC